AUGGCUGUGAAUUUACUCGGCCAUUCAGAUAUUGAUGCACGCGUAAUUCUUAAUGUUGGCGGUACACGUUUCGAAACAUCGAAAUCUACAUUAAAAAAAUUACCGGCAACACGUCUAUCGAAAUUAACUGAACAGUUAUCAUCGUAUGAUCCAAUAUUAAAUGAAUAUUUUUUUGAUCGUCAUCCAGGUGUGUUUUCUCAAAUAUUAAAUUAUUACCGCACCGGAAAAUUACAUUAUCCUAUAAAUGUUUGCGGACCUCUUUUUGAAGAUGAACUAUCAUUUUGGGGUUUGCAACGCGAAGAAGUUGAACCAUGUUGCUGGAUGACUUAUACAAAACAUCGUUCAACAGCUGAAACACUAUCAAUUUUAGAUAGUCUAGAAUUAGAUACAGUGCGUUCAUCUCAACAGGAAGUUAUAAAAAAAUUCGGUUGGGACGAUGAUUUCGAUUAUAUUCAAGGCAAUUUACCACGAUAUAAAAAAGUGAUGAUGAUCGUAUGGCAAAUAUUCGAAGAACCGCGUUCAUCGACGAUUGCUAAAGUUAUUACUGUGAUUUCAAUAUUUUUUAUACUUGUAUCUAUAUUAUCAUUUGUUUUACAAACAUUAUCAAUGUUUCGUAUAACUGAUAUUGAUUUUGUCACUGUUUAUAUUAAUAAAACUGCCACCGAUCGAACGCCAACAUUAAGUCGACAACAAGUUCAUCCAUCUUUCGACGUUGUGGAAUGGAUAUGCAAUACAUGGUUUGUAUUUGAAAUUAUGAUAAGAUUUAUUGUUACGCCGAACAAGAAAGAAUUUUGUAAAUCAACUUUAAAUAUUAUUGAUUUUCUCGCAACAACUUGGUUCUUUUUCACAUGGGCAUUGAUAAAACUACAUGUCAAUGAUAAUGAAGCACUUGAUUUAUUGUCCACCAUACGGAUCAUGCGGCUAUUUAAAUUAUUUAAUCAUCAUCCUGGCUUGAAAGUUAUUGUUACAUCAAUGAAAUAUUCGUCGUCUGUUUUAUGGUUAUUGAUAUUUUUCGUUUUAAUUGCGGUUGCCGUAUUUGCUUCAUUGAUUUAUUAUGCUGAACGCAUGACAACCCGACAUCCCGACGAGAAUAUGUUUCGUUCGAUACCAGAUGCGUUAUGGUUCAAUAUGAUUACAAUGUCAACUAUUGGCUAUGGAGAUUUAUAUCCGAAAACUAUGUUAGGAAUGUUAAUUGGUGCUGUUUCCACAGUCGCUGGUGUAUUGAUUAUUGAUUUGCCAAUGCCAAUUAUUGUCGAGUCGUUUGCAAAUUUUUAUACACAUCUUCGAGCGCGAUCGAAACUACCGAAGACUCGACGAAAAAUUGGCCCAGCUGAAUCAAAAAUUAAAAAACGAACAGCAAUGGCUACACUCGAUAAUGGACAAAAUCUUAAAUUACUUGGACAAACAGCGAGAGCAUCGAUAUUUGGCAAUAAAACUCUAACUAGUCAUAAUAUUAAAUCUUCAGUUGCUUAA